CCUAAAUUAUGCACGAUGCAAAAGUUAAUUGGGAUGAGAUGCAAUAAACCUAAAGCGUACAUAUGACGUAAUGAAAUAGAGGUACUGAAUAAUUUUUUCACCAGGCCCGGCCCAUCAUAUUAUGAUGUUUAAAAGAUUUCAAACCCAGCAAUAGCACCAUUGCACCACAACUACUUUUUAGUAUUGAUACCCUCAAAGUUUAUAAUUAUAUAUUUGGCACCUAAAAUACCAGGUCUAUGAGUUUUAGUUCAAAGGUGGCUGUACUUCCAACUUAGUUUGGUUCGAUCAAUGUGGUUGGACCCGAUGGAUGAAGAUUACGUCAGACUAGAAUACAUUAAUUUUAUCUGUUGUUAUUACAGAUUAAAGCACAUCCUAUUUCUCGUAGUAGAAUAAGGUUCGAGAAGAGUUAGGCAGUUCUACAGACACCUCUUUUCUGGUUUCAUUCAAAGAGUACCACGUUGUAGAUUUAUUGCUUGCCUUGCUAUGAAUAACAUGCUCUCAUUAGGAGACUGGAUGCUUGCUUGGAGAAGACACCAAUCAUGUGUUCAUUGUGGUGAACGGGAAGAGUUUCGAGGUAGUCUAAGAGCAUUAGAAACAUAUCCAAUGUUAUUUUAAUUUUUUUAGAAAAUAGAAUAAUUAUAUAAUGGAGCUGUGAAACUUAAAAUUUACUUCGUUUAUAGUGAAAAACGAAACAAUAACUAAAAAAUAAAUUUAUCAUUCAAUUUAAAUAAUGAUUUCAAUUUUUCUUCUAUUGGAAUAUAAAAUAGAGAAAUUGUUUUCGGAAGUUGUGGCUGAUCAUUUGGAAUUUUCAAAAUUAACUUUGCUUCAGUAAGCGAAAUGUUCUCUAUAGAGGACGUUUGUAGAGCCUUAUACGCGACAGCUGAAUGGCAAAGUAAUACCGAUACCAUACAAUAUAAAGCGCAUAAGCUCAUAAUGGGAACCACUACUAUCAGAUUGCCUAAAAUGCAAUUUUGACAGUCGUUAUCGUCAAGGAUGAAGACUUUGGAUAUGGGAUGGAUUGUGCGUAAUGAUGCUGGAAUACAUAUUCUUCGGGGAUGGCAAGAGUGGUGGGGGUAACAUCAGUCUUAGAAGCAGAAACAAUGGGUUGUUUUGUAUGUUCUUCAACAAACUUGGAUAAAGGGUCGGCGAAAUGUAUGGUUCGAAGGGGAUAAUAGUGAAUUCAGCAGGAUUGUAAAUUUGACAGAACACAGUGUUCAAUUUGGUAAUGUAUUAUUUGAAAUUCGGUAUUGGAUGUAUUUGUUACCAGAAUGCUCGUUGAGUCAUGUCAAACGGCACGAAAUCAAGCUGCCGAUAUUUUGUCAAAGAAGGUGUAUGAUAGUUCAAGUUUCUUUUCUAUAUUUGAUUGUCCGCUUCAUUAUAUUGGUUUAUUGACUAUAGUAUAUAUCAUAUAGACUAUAUGUAGUACCCCCCCCCCCCCCCCCCCUUCACAGUUGAUUAAUAAAUUAAGUUUAUGUCAAAAAAAUAAAUAAAGUUUCGAAGUUAUAAAAAGGGAGUAGAAUUGAAAAUGUUACUAUAAAUCUGAUUUUGAAACAAAAAAAUAAAGUAAAGUUGAAAAUGCUAUGUAGACAUAUAUUGAAAUGUGAUUAUGCAGAGCAUAUUAAUAGAUGUAGGUGAUCAUAUCCAGCUAUCCACAAUAUUCUAUAUAGACAUAUUUCUAUACAAAGCCUUUUUCUAAAUUAUGGAUUAUGCCGAGAAAAAUUGGCUCAGUUUUUGUUUCUGUUUCCGUUUUAGUUUGGUUUAAUUGUAGUUUUUCAAAGAAUAUUUUAUUACAAGAUGGCCAAGAAAUUUCACAUUAAAUAAAAAUUAAAAUAUAAUUUGAAACAUCUAGCUUUUUCCCGUUUUGGUACGCGACAAUAAAAAAUAAAUACACUAUUUGUUUGAUAAAGAUAAUAUUUAAGAAUUUUUGUACAUAUUAAAAAGUAUCAUUCAAUAAAUUAUAUUUAAUUUAUAUAAUUCAAAAUCAAUAGUAGUUCAAAAAUAUAAUCAUUAUCUAUACAUAUUUGUUGACAUAUACAUUGACUAUAUUAAUAAAAUAUACAUUAAAGUUUGAAAAUUUAUCUUAACAAACAACAAAAAUGAGCAGAAAAAAACUCAUCAUUGUGAAACAUAUGGAGUAAAUAAUAAACUUAACAUGUUUUGCAUGUCGCAUGGUUUAAGAUUAAGCUCCACAAUUUAGUGUUUAUUUUAAUAACCGAAAGGUGAUCCGGGCCUUAGACCAUCUCCAAUGGAACUCUAUUUUUUUCUCUAUAAUUUACACUAAAAUAGAAUAAUUCUAUUAUAGUGUAACUUUUGCUCCAGUGGUGUUACUCUAUAAUAUAGAUACUCUAUUAUAGAAUAAAAUAUAGAGGGAUGUCACUUUUCCACUCCAAAUAUAGAGUAAACUGUGACAUUUCUCUAUAUUUUAUUCUAUAAUAAAGUCACCAUUGGAGCAAAAAUUACAUUAUAAUAGAAUUACUCUAUUUUAGUGUAAAUUAUAGAAGAAAAAAGAGAAUCUCCAUUGUUGUUAGACCAGAGUAAUCCUUCAGCCAGAUGCAGCAGUUGAUAGUACUAUGUCCUAAAUCUGUCUUUCCAACGAGAAUCAAACUAAGGGUACAAUGGAACCAACUCCAAAGGCUAAAACCACUAUCCUAACCUGCCGUUGGAUCCACAAUUUAAUAUUUCCAAAUUUAUAUAUGUUUAUAUUUGUUUCUUGAAUAUUUUCCUUUAUAUGUUUUUCGUUUGUGCACCAAAUUCCUUUAUAUGUUAUAUUGUCAAAAUACUAUAAAAAAUCCGCCUAAAAUUAUAGUUUAAUUAAUUUCUUUAUAUGUUUAUCUAUAAAAAGUCCGUCCAUACAUAUAUAUUAGUUUUGGUCGAUAAAAUUCUGGUUUUCCUUUUUAAAACUUUCAGUUUAAUUAAAGAAUUAUGUAAGCACUUGGUUUCUGUAAUUUUAAUAUUUAUUAUGAGAGACCACACGUGAUAAUCUCACACAACGUAAAUAAUCUCUUUUAAGCAUAGUGCUGGUAAGUGCUGAAUUUGAAUUUGGAUAUAAUAGCUUAUAGAUACAAUAUCUUACUUUGAUAAGAAAAAAAGGACAAUGAUAUCUUCACCAGUUGAGUAAAUUGAACUUAGAUUUUAUUUUGAUAUCGAAAAGUAUCAAUUCAAGCUAGUUUGCAUCCAUUUGCCAGCAGCAGAGGCUAGCCAUCUUGGUGCAGAGCAGUUAACAAACGGACAGAGUAGUGCGCAUGGUCGAGCAAAAAGGCAGUCCGCAUGGAUGUUUAAAGAUCGAGCAACUAAUUGUAUGUUUACUCUACUUUCUCAAACUUUCUCAAAAUAUAUGACCUUAAUGAAAUCAUAUUUUUGUAUUUUUUUCAUGCGUUUUAUUUUGAAUAACGUUUGUCAGAAAAAGAUGGUGAUUAUUUUUCUAUAUUAGUUUUUGGUCAACCUGCUAAUUCUUGCUGGUAAAUACAAUUAAUACAGCGUUUAGUAUUAUAUUAUCUGCAAUGCGAGCGGUUUAUCAUCGGCAUCUUCAUAUGUAUGUAUAUGUAGUAUGUACAUAAUGAUAUAAUUCCAAAAUUAAUAAGCUUUUUCCUUGGAAAUUUCGGAGUAAAUAUAGGAAGCUUUGCUUACCUUUAUCGCACCAUCUAAAUUAUAAAGACUACCUUCUUCCUCAAAGUCAAAUUAUGUCCACUCAAUUAUUAUUAUUAUAAUUUGCAUAUUAAUGACCUCAUUAGCCGAUUUCAUUUGUAUUUAAAAUGAUUAAUUUUGAAGGUUAAAACUUUAAAGUUAAUAUAGUUACACGUCUUUCAUAUUUCCGCAUGCUAUCCAUUCUAGGUGUAAAAGAGCAACAGUUUAUGUUGACUGUUAGGACUUUUGAUAUUUCCCUUAUUUAAUUAAUUAUAAAAAGUUGUCCUUUUAUUUUCCUUAUUUAUUAAUAUUUUCUCACAAAACACAAUAUACAAUUGAUGAUACAUUCCUAAUAUAAUUUGUUUAUAUUUCCUUUGCCUUCUACUAAUUUAUUCACACCACAAUCACUUCUUCUUUUUGCUUCUGGCCUCUCCUUCCUCUUCCCCAAGAACCCUGAAUGUUCUUCCUUAACGCUGCUCAUCUGAUCGAUUAAAGGAAUUCAAUUUCUCAUACCCAAAUGAAUCUGAGUGAGAAGAGAACUGUUGAUGGAGAUUGGAUUGCGACACUAUUGAGCUUAGAGUUCUUUGGGACAUGUGUGGAUCAUAAGCAUCUUCGAAAGAACGAGAAAAAUGUCUUUUGCAUUGACUGUAACGUCGAAAUCUGCAGACAUUGUUGUAACACAGAAGCUCACUUUGUCCAUCGUCGUCUUCAGAUCUGCAAAUAUGUUUAUCAAGAUGUUCUGCGUCUCCUCGAUAUUCAACACUACUUUGAUUGCUCCGAGAUACAGACAUAUAAAAUAAAUGGAGAAAAGGCAAUACAUUUGAAUUCGAGGCCGCAAGCAAAAGAUGCAAGACCUUCAACAAAGUCCAAGAAUGCAGCUUCAUGCGUUACUUGUAAAAGAUAUAUUCAAGAUCGUCCUAAUCGAUUUUGCUCCAUCUCAUGCAAGAUUUCAUCAGGCCCUCCGAAAAAGCGUAAGUUUUGUUUCUCUUCAGAAGUGGAACAAAGUGUUUUGGAGAAAGAACAUUAUAAUCAAGAAGGAAGUUUAGAAGAGAAAAAAUCAUCCAUAUCGUCACUCACCGAUGUUUCAGAAGACUCGGAAGCUUUAUUGAGUAGUAAUCUUUCACUGAGACCAUUCACGAGACUACUCAAGAGAAAAGGAAUUUCCCAAAGAUCUCCUCUUCAUUGAUUUUUUUUUCUUUGUUUUUCUAGAUUGUGUUCAAAGCUAUACAGUCUUUGCAUUUUCCAUUUGAAAAUGCUAUAAUAUUGGAUAUUAAUUUUAUGUUUUAAAUUAAUAAUUUAUGAAAAAUAUAGUGAAUGCUGUGAGACAAAAAGAAGAAAUGAGACCAGAGCGAUAGUGAUGUUGAAGGCCGUAUGAAUGAUUUAUUUAUUAUCAUCAUAGAGAAAAGAGAGAUAUGGGUCCAAAAGUGUUCAAAGUUUGGUGUUUAUGAGAUUGUGUUGAUUCACUGGAACCCACAAAUAAAAAAUGUGAAUAUUGUGCAGUAUUCUUAAUGAUUUUAAAGAUCAAACUGAUGGGUACAUUCGUCCGUCAUAUUUCUACAGAAUUUGAUAAAAGAAAUAUAUUUUCUACAGAAUUCGUUUUUUUAACACUAAAACUUCAUUAAUAAGAAGAGAUUACAAGAGUAGAACGCUUUAAUGGAAUAUAUUAGUGAGAUACUGAACCGGCAGGCUUCAAAACUCCGGAACUAAGAACAACUCCAACCCUAAUCCAUAUUUUACAGUAAAAUGGAAUGAAAAAUAAAAAAUUUUAAAAUAAAGGAAAAAUACUGUCUCAAAUAUAUGCCUUUCUGUAGGUUUGAGAUUUUGUUCUUCCAUUUUCUACAGAAUUCAUCCGUUAUAUUUUGUUUUUUUAUAUUCACUAUAUCAGAAAGCUUUUAUUCAAUUAAAAUAUUAUUACCCAUCAUCAUCUCAUUUCUUCUCUCUAAUUAAAUAUAGUAGUGUUAAGAAUUCAUAACUUAAAAGAUGGAAGCACCGACUGACAAAAAGAAGAGCAGAAGCAUGAAUCUAAAGAGGGUGAUUUAAAUAUGUGACAGAAAAUCACGAGUGGUGUUAGUUUUAGUUCCUGCCAUAAAAUAACAUUAUCAAAUCCAACAAGUGUAUAUAUUUAUGAUAAAAUGAUCCUCUAUCUACAGUUUAUUUUGUUUAAUUACAAUACUUAAACUAUAAAAUAUAAAAUCCAACAUAGCUAUGCAUACAGAAAUUUUGACCAUAUACUUGCUUUAAAUUUGAUCUUUUUUUGUUAACAGCUUUAAAUUUGAUCCAAUCUGUCUAAUUUUAAUUAUUCAAUUUUUUAAUAGUUAAGUAGACAUAAUAAAUUUUAGAAACACACAUAAAUGUUGACCACCAGUGCCUCACUAGUCAGCAUGGCUCAUUUAUCGGGCGGAGACGUUUGUCGCGAUAUUAGUCUCGAACAAAAUAAAUUAAAACAAAAACAAGACUUAGCUAUAGUUUUUUUAACCAACUCAAUAUAAUAAAAAUCUUUAAUCAAAAAAGCAUCCUCGUCUUAUGGCUGGAUCACUGUUAUUGAUAAUUAUUGACUCACCUUAUUAAAAGGAUAAUAUGAUCAAUGAUACAAGAAGAAUGAUGGUCAUAAUGUUUUUGCUGCAAAAUCCACUUUCAAAAUUAAAAGGAAAAAUAGAAAGUAAUACAAAAACCAUUAAUUGGAUAUGAUUAUGGCAGACAAAAAGUAAGGAAUAAAAGAAGAAUGUUGUGAGCCAAUUGAAUAUGACAGAUUUAACUGAAGGGGUCGAGAUAUAUUGAGCAAUGGAGAGUAAUGCAUGUGCUUUUCAAUCUCAAUGUUAUGCAUGUUCCACAUGUCAUGCAUUCAUCUUCAGUAUUAUACUCUAUCCAAUGUACUUAAACCCGACCCCGACACUAAACCGGACGAGGUCGCUGGAUCACUUGAUCGACCGCGGAUGAACCGCGGGUUAACAAAUGAAUCAAUUUUAUUAUAUAAUAAUAUAUUAACUAUGAAAAAAAUAUAGAAACCAAAGUUUAAUAUUUUAUACCACCUACAAUAAUAGUUUGAAUACAUAUAUAUAUUUUAUGUUAGAAACAUUUAGAAAAUACUUAACUUGAGAUUUUAUAUUUUUAUUUUUAUUUGACAUACAAAAUAUCAAAAAAUAGUCUAGACUAUUUAAAAUUUCCUGACAAGAUAAUACUUAUGAUAUCCAAAAAAAAAUCAAGACAUAAAUUUCAUAAUUAUUUAAAUGUCUAAUAUGAAUAAUAAAUUAAACUUCAAAUCCAAAAUAAACGAAAAGUAAAAGAUCUUUGUAAUAAAUUGUCAAUAACAAAAAUAAACUAACAUCAAAUCACAUCAA